AUCACUUAAUUUCCAACCACGUGUGUCAUGGCUGAUGUAAUGGAUGAAGAUUCCGGCUCUGAUUUUGGUGACUGGAGCGGAUUAGAGGACGAUGAUGAUGAAGACAUUAUGUUGUAUGGAGAAGAGGAAAAGGGUACAAAUAUUACCACAUCUGAUGUAUCAGAUUUCAUGCAAAGGAUCGGGCUUUCCUCUUGCAUGUCCCAGCCUGAUUGGGGGAGCUGGCCAGCCCAACCCAGCAAAGAUAAGAAGAAAAUGAAGGAAAUUAUUAACCCUCGUCCAGCUAAAAAUAAAAAAGAAUUAGCUCCGCCCAUCAGCAAUGGAAAACUAAAGAAGAAUAAAUCAACCAUUCCAGUUAAGAAAGAGGUUAUCCAUCUUGUCAAUGGAAAGCAGGAAAAACUAGCUUCUGAAGCAAAGAAGAAAAAUGCUCUUAAGAUGAGGAAAGAUGCACCUGCUCUCAAGCCUAGGAAAAGAAACAAUGAAGUGAAAGAACCAUCCUCCACUGGUGUUAAUGCAGAGGCAGCCCCUGUAAUUACUCCUGAUGAUAUAAAGAGCAGCAUGUCAAUCAAUGCUACAGAGGGUGGGACUGUAAUGAACAUGGCGUCAAAAGAAUUAGAGGAUAGAUUAUUGAAGCUGGAAUUUAAGGAACACUCUAAGGUCCUGGUUCCAAUGGAGAUUGAUAAACUAUGGCACGAAGAGUCUAAUUCUGAUAACGGCACAGUAGUAGUAUCACAGCCAGUGCUAGAUCAUGUGCUCUCUGUGGCUGGUCAAAUUAUGACUUGUGAAUUGAAGCUAUACAGACAAUUGAGGGAGAAGAAGAGAGGCCGGGACGUCCAAUGGCUCAAGACUGUUCUCUCCUCUGGGACUCUUAACGAUAAGAUGGCCGCCAUGACCCUUCUCAUUCAAGAGUCUACGGUACAUUCUCUCUCCACUAUUGAUUUCUUUAUAGCAAUGAGCAAGAAACGUAGCAAAAGGGAAAAUCUACUUGCCAUCGAUCAUUUUAAAGAUCUUUUGAUUUCUGAUGUCCUUCCAGAGUCUCGUAAGCUAAAAUACAUUAAACAGCGUCCACUUGAUAAGUUAAUUGAUGGUGAUGGGUGUGGUCCUGUAACAUUUGAUCCUCGAGUUCUCUUUCUGUGGCACUUUGAGCAUCAGUUGAAGACCAAAUACUGUCAUUUCGUAGAACUACUGAAGGAGCUUUUGCAUGACCCUGUUGCUGAAAUUAGAGAGAAAAUAACUGGUGUUGUUUUUGAUCUUUUAUAUCACAGACCAGAGCAAGAGCAACUAUUGUUGAAAAUACUUGUCAAUAAGUUAGGCGAUCCCAACAGAAAAAUUGCAUCGAAGUGCAUUCUAUUGUUGCAGAAACUUUUGACUCAGCAUGUGAACAUGAAAUUGAUUGUUGUUCGUGAGAUUGAAUCACUUUUAUAUCGACCAAACAUCUUAUCAAAAACACAAUAUUACUGCAUUUGUUUCCUCAAUCAAAUCGUCAUUGGUCCUUCUGAUCAACUCCUCCCACAGAAGCUGGUAUCACUUUACUUUAGUUUCUUCAAGUUUUAUGUCGACAAGAACGACUUUGAUGCAAAAAUAUUGAGUGCACUGCUAACUGGAGUGAACAGGGCGUUGCCCUUUCUGAAGAGUGACGUUCCAUCGUUUGAUGAUCAUUUAAAUUCAUUAUUCAAGAUAUCACAGAUUGGCCCAUUGGCCACCAGCAUACAGUCCCUCACUCUCCUUUAUCAGGUCAUGGAGAAAAGGACUUCGGUCUCUUCUCGGUUUUAUCGGGCAUUAUAUAGAAAACUGAGCAACCCCCAAUUAAGUACACGUACGGGUCAACAGGCCAUGUUUUUGAAUUUGUUGUUUAAAUCUUUGAAAAGUGAUCCUGAGUUGAACCGUAAUAAGGCUUACAUGAAGCGUAUCCUACAGUCAUGUGACUAUCACAUGCCUCAUUAUGUGUGUGGGUGUCUACUGAUUUUAUCUGAAGUUCUUAAAGUGAAGCCGUUUCUUUGGCCGUUCGUUUUACAAUCUGAUCCUGACGAGAAAUUUAAGGAUGUUCCUGAAGAUCUUUCAAGACAUGAAAGAGAGGACUCUGAAGCUGAGGGAGAGAGAGAAGAGGAGGAAGAUGAAGAAGAUAAAAACACAGAAAUUUACAGCUUGACAGCAAGAGACCCAUCCUAUUGUAAAGCAGAACUAACCACUUUAUGGGAACUAACGAGAUUGACUCAUCACUAUCAUCCUUCAGUUCAAGCGUUUGCAACUCAAUUGGCAUCUGGGAAUGCUAUUUUAUAUGACGGCGAUCCUCUCAGUGAUUUUACAAUUAUCCGGUUCCUGGAUCAUUUCGUGCACAAGAACCCUAAACAAAAAUCUUCUGACCAUGGGGGGUCGCUUAUGCAGCCAACGGGUAGCUUGAUAAAAACUGAAGUGUAUACUCUACCAGGGUCUAUUUCUGAACUGGCAAAGAUGAAUGAGAACGAAGUUAGAAAUGACCUUCAGUUUAUACACAAGUUUAUGAGAAGAGAUGUUGAGAUGCAUAAAGUUGAUCCGACUAAAGCCACAAAGCUGAGCAGGAGAGAAAGGAAGAGGAAAAAGAGCAAAGAUACCGCCCUACUUUCAGACAAGGAGGACGAAGAGAUUGAAGAAACUGCUGAUUUUGCUAGUGAGUUUAAGAAACAAGUUGAGAAUGAAAAGAAAAAUAAGAAGAAAAAUGUUAAAAAGAAAAAGAAAGCUUCCAGUGACAAUAGCGAAGACAGUGCAUCAGAAGGUGAUUACAGUGACAUGAGUUUUAGUGACUUUGAGGAUAGCAUGGACGACGUUUCUGAUGAAGAGGAGGAGGAGAGAGGAAGAACUAAGAGAAAGAAGAAGGAAGACCUCGACCAAAUGGAGAGACUUUUAUUGGAUAACCUUUCAUCUUCCGAUGAAGAGGGUGGAGAUGAUGUGACAAUGAAUAAUAAAAGAGGAAGACAGAAAGAGGAUGAGAUGGAUUUCAAUAACAAAUCAAAGAGGACAAAGAACAGUUCCGUGUUCGCAUCAGCUGAAGAAUUUGCUCAUCUCCUUGAAGGCUCCGAUGAAAAAAGAAAGAAGUCGAAAGAGAGCAAGUGGGAGGAAUUAAGAUCUUCUGACUAUCGGGGGAGUGGGUUCAGAAGAGGCCAAGGAGGAAGAGGAAGAGGAAGAGGGAGAGGAGGAAGGGAAGAGAGAGGAGGAAGAGGAAUGGGGAGGAGAGAAACAAAGGACAGCAACGAGGAAGAGGAGGAAUCGGGAGAGGAAAAGGGAAGGGAGGAAGAGGAGGGCAGAGGAAAGAAGUAA